GGUGUCUCUGUCUCCAAAGUCUCAAAAAUCAAAAUCCCCUCACUGUUUCAGCCUCCACCGGCCAUUGCUGUGAGAGAAUCCCUUCUCUGUAGCAGGUCAAUCAUUGUGAAGAUUGAUUCUGUUAUGUUCUAAAUUUCUUCACAACAUACGUCAAAAGUGUCAACUGAAAUGGCAACUGAAAAUUCUAAUGUUUCAAAGGCUGAGGAACUGAAACUCCUUGCGAAUGAUGCAUUCAAAGCUCGGAAAUAUGCCCAAGCUAUUGAGCUUUACACAGAAGCAAUUGAGCUAGAUAGUCAAAAUGCAGUUUACUUGGCUAAUCGUGCCUUUGCUCAUCUUCGGCUUGAGGAAUAUGGUAGUGCAAUACUAGAUGCCACAAAGGCUAUUGAAGUUGAUCCUAAAUAUUCAAAGGGUUAUUACAGGCGAGGUGCAGCUCAUCUUGGGCUGGGAAAGUUCAAGGAAGCACUGAAAGAUUUUCAACAGGUCAAAAAAAUGUGUCCAAAUGAUCCUGACGCAACAAAGAAAUUGAAGGAAUGUGAAAAGGCUGUUAUGAAACUUAAAUUUGAAGAAGCAAUUGCUUUACCAGAGUCUCAAAGGCGUUCAGUAGCUGAAUCCAUAGAUUUCCAUUCAAUAGGAAAGGGCCGCAAAUCUGCGGUGCCAACCGAAGUGGCCAUAGCAGCAGUGACAGCAGCAGUUAUGGCAGUGGUGGUGAUGUUGUUCAGGACAUCAAAGACCACGAUAGUAGCUGUAAUUGUGGUUGGUUUGCUGUUGCUCCUUGGGGCAUAUUGGUGGAGUGGUCGCAAUACUGAUGUUGAGUCACAAUAUUCUGGAGCAAGAAUAGAGGGGGACGUUGUUACUUUGGAUUUUGUAAAGAAGAUGAUGGAUGAUUUCAAGAAUCAGAAGAGCUUGCAUAAACGGUAUGCAUUCCAGAUUGUAUUGCAAACAAGAGAGAUAUUGCAAGCUUUGCCUUCUCUUGUUGAUAUAACUGUUCCUGAUGGCAAACAUUUUACUGUUUGUGGCGAUGUUCAUGGUCAGUACUAUGAUCUAUUAAAUAUUUUUGAGCUCAAUGGGCUUCCUUCAGAAGAGAAUCCAUAUCUAUUUAAUGGUGACUUUGUGGAUAGAGGAUCAUUUUCUUUGGAAGUCAUCCUCACUUUGUUUGCAUUUAAGUGCAUGUCUCCAUCAGCCAUACAUCUAGCUAGGGGAAAUCACGAGAGUAAGAGCAUGAACAAGAUAUAUGGUUUUGAGGGUGAGGUGCGCUCAAAGUUGAAUGACACAUUUAUUGAACUAUUUGCGGAAGUCUUCUGCUGUUUACCUUUGGCUCAUGUGAUAAAUGAGAAAGUUUUCGUAGUCCAUGGAGGUCUUUUUAGCGUUGAUGGGGUCAAACUCUCUGACAUCCGGUCUAUUAAUCGGUUUUGUGAGCCUCCUGAAGAAGGGUUGAUGUGUGAAUUGCUAUGGAGUGAUCCGCAGCCUCUCCCUGGAAGAGGUCCAAGCAAGCGUGGUGUAGGCCUUUCUUUUGGUGGAGAUGUGACAAAAAGGUUUUUGCAGGAAAAUAAUUUAGAUUUAGUUGUGCGGUCUCAUGAAGUAAAGGAUGAGGGUUACGAGAUUGAACAUAAUGGUAAACUCAUAACUGUGUUUUCUGCUCCAAAUUAUUGUGACCAGAUGGGUAACAAAGGUGCCUUUAUUCGAUUUAAAGCACCUGAUUUGAAACCUGACAUUGUUACAUUCUCAGCAGUGGCACAUCCCGAUGUUAAGCCAAUGGCUUAUGCAAACAACUUCCUCCGGAUGUUUCAAUAGUUUAUGUAGCUGACUAGAAAGAAGUCUAGAACUGCCAAUAGUUGAUGCUGCUUUGCAAUCUUUCUGUUAUGCCCCAAGGGCAAGAUUCUGAAGGUGACUAGGGAAGAUCUGGUACAUGAUCACUGUUAUGUAUAAUAUUUUUUUGGCUUAACUUUAUUAAAUUCAUUUUCCACCCUCCAAAGGUUGCCACUUUCUUUUGUGCUUUUUUUGAUCUGGUGAACAAGUGUAUGUAAGGAAACCUGCAUCUUCCUUAGCUUUGUGAAACAACAAGGAUUAAGGUUUACUUGAAACUGGUUACAUGCGAGACCAUUUACUUUA